GCAAGUUCCUCAACCUGAAAGUGUUUGGCAUAUGGUCUAAUUCAAUCGAGUAGGACACCUGAAUCACAACUUUGUCUCCUCGUGUUCUCGAACCCCUCGAACCACACUGCACGGGCAGUGCUCGACCGCGAUCCCGGUACCCAACAGCAAAACAGAACAAGUUGGCGAUAACAUCUUCCAUAAAUAUAUGGACAGAUAGAAUUAUUCACCGUGAGGUGUUAGAAUGGCUGUCGAACUUCUGUCCUUCGAUCCGGAUGGAGACCUGCUGCUGGUGCUAGCUGACAGCAACGAGAAUGACGACUCGACGGGGAGCGAUGGGCUAGACGGCGGAGCAAUCGAACAGACAGCAACUCAAUUGUCUCUUCCGGACAUGAUUGCUUCUACGACGCUAUCCCGUUUCGAUGGCGAUUCUAUUGAAUCACCACCACCAGAACUUGAAUCGCCAAAAGCCCAGAAAGAAAUACAUAUGUUGGUGUCAUCAAAGCACCUGAUGCUUGCAUCUCCUGUUUUCAAGGCGAUGUUACAACAUAAUAACUUCAAAGAAGGAGACACACUUCGCUCGUCAGGUAAAGUCAAGGUGGAAUUACCGGAUGACGAUCCUGCAGCACUCAGAAUUCUGCUCGAUAUUAUCCAUGGACGCGUGCGACAGGUACCCCGCCAAGUCAACCUGAGGAUCAUGACAGAAUUGUCGGUUCUCGUUGAUAAAUACCAGAUGCUAGAAGUUGUUGAGCUGUGCGUUGAGCUCUGGAUGAGCACUUUGAAGUCGUCUGUGCCUAUGUUCUUUACCGCUGACCUCCUAGCCUGGUUAAACAUCUCCUGGGUGUUUGGGUUAGCGGACAUAUUCAAGCAAAUCUCCCGGAUUGCUAUGCGUGGGAGCACAGACUUAUUUGGGGCCCAUGAGUCGCAUCUUCCGAUUCCACAACCUGUGUUUGCAGCAAUCUCGGACGCUCGACGGAAGGGUAUUCAAGAUGCAAUUGCUGUUGUUGAAUACACCAUCAUGAAGUAUCAAGGCCCCAUGCAGCACUGUCGCACGUUCUGGCCAGGCAAUCGAAUCAAGAAGAACACCGCAUGUGACGGACUCAUUCUUGGUUCUUUGUUGAAAAGUGCUUCUGCGAACGGCUUGUGGCCGCCUCCAUCCCAUCCCUAUACCGGGCAUACUUUCUCUGGCAUCAUUACCAGGGCACGAUUGUUAGAGAUCACCGCCUUGUGCGAGGAGCCAUUCUCCCAGUACAGUUCGGGAAACCUCAACAUUGUGCCGUCACAUGGAGUCAAGCAGUCGAUUUGCGCCCAAAUGGAUGCUCUCGAAGCAAAUAUUAACGGAUUGGACCUCAAGGCGUUCAAGGAACCAAGGAAAGGCCCUUUCAAGAAGGACGCCUUUGUGGAGCACUGGCCAAUUCUCCAAACAGAAUGAUCGUAUUUCUCCUUUGCAUGGUUUCCCGUGCAGAUAUAUCGCUAUGUUGACCAACUCUUUGAUCAACAGCGACACGGCACCUUCUAUCCCCCAGAUCAUUGGUUCAGAAUCCUCAAGGUCCUGGCAACGGCCGAUGUUCAAAAUGGAUCGACCGGAUACCGGCCGCAACAGUACAUGAAGGAGGAGUAAAGAUCCUCCUUUGUUUGAUUCAUGGUUCAAACAAGAUUGUAAGUAAGUCCACAGCAAACGCUUUUACUAGAGCCAGGGAAGGUCGAGCUAUAGCAAAUGGCAGGGGGCUGAGUCGUCGA